AUCUACAACUAUAAUUCGCAAUUACGUUCUUAUAUAUUAUCUGUAUAUAUAUGUAUAUAUAUAUAUAUAAUUUUCUUCUCCAAUUCAAUUUUCACCAACUCUACAUUUAAUAAUUAUAUAUGUGGAUUAUGCACUCUGUAUAAUUAUAACAUCCAUGUAGUUGUUGAAAGAAGCUCCCACUGUUCCAAUCUCAAAAACCCACCAAAACCCUUUUCUCAUCUUCAUUGGAAUUCCUUUUUUUUUUUUUAAAUCUUAAAAAAUGCAAUUAAUUUUUUUAUUGGUCUUUAAUUAUUAUGUCGUAUACUAAUGCUAGUUUGUCUCCAGGCUUGUAGUAAUGAUCUUUAUGGCUUUUGUCACUCUCUUUGGGUCUAUGCUUGGAUUUUAAAAUCUGGGUUUAUCUCCUUUUUUUUUGUUUCUUUCCAGUCAUGGGAUUUCGUCCAUGUUGAUUGCGAACUUGUUUUCUUUUUCUGAAAGCCUGAAAUUCAAGCUAUAAAUCUUUCCAUCCAACUGUUUGUGAUUGAUCUCAAGUUUAUACACUUUGAGCUUCAUGUAUAUAGAUCAUUGAUCAGACCGUUAAACUCCUUCAUAAACUGUCAAUUUUCUUGCUUUUUCAUUGGACAAAGUUUUCUGAUGCCGCGAAUGUGUGAAAGCUGAAAGUUUUCACUUGCCAGCUAUCUAAAUCCUCUUACAGUCUUCCUUUUAAUUUUUCUUAAUGAUUUUGUUUGUAUUUCAAGUUUAAACCCAGGCGUCCAUGUCAAUCGCCUGUGGGGUUCCUAUCCUUGAGUGUGUAUACUGUCUUGGCUGUGCUCGUUGGGUGUGGUUAAAGUGCCUCUACACUGCUGGCUAUGAGAGUGAAAACUGGGGUCUAGCUACUGCUGAAGAAUUCGAGCCCAUUCCCCGCCUCUGUCGUCUAAUUCUUGCUGUAUACGAAGAUGAUCUACGUAACCCACUUUGGGCACCCCCUGGAGGAUAUGGCAUUGAUCCUGAUUGUGUGAUCUUAAGAAAAAACUAUGAAGAAACUGAGGGUCAGGUUCCUCCUUAUAUGGUUUAUCUUGAUCAUGAGAAUGCUGAUAUAGUGCUGGCUAUUAGAGGCCUCAAUCUAGCAAAGGAGAGUGAUUAUGCAGUUUUACUUGAUAACAAGCUGGGGCAAACAAAAUUUGACGGUGGCUAUGUUCAUAAUGGGUUACUGAAGGCUGCAGUACGUGUUUUUGAUGUGGAGUGGAAGGGUUUGAGGGAAUUAGUAGAAAUACAUCCGACAUAUACCUUGACUUUUACUGGGCAUUCCCUAGGAGCAGGGGUGGUGGCAUUGUUGACAAUGGUGGCACUUCAAAAUCGUGAGAAACUGGGAACCAUUGUGAGGAAGAGGAUCAGAUGCUAUGCGAUGGCCCCUGCUCGUUGUGUGUCUCUGAAUUUGGCUGUGAGAUAUGCGGAUGUUAUUAAUUCAGUAGUACUCCAGGAUGAUUUCUUACCUCGGACAACAACUGCUCUAGAAGAUGUAUUCAGAUCACUUUUCUGUUUGCCUUGUUUACUCUGCAUAAUGUGCAUGAAAGAUACAUGCACAUUGGAGGAAAAGAGGCUCAAAGACCCAAGAAGGCUAUAUGCCCCCGGUCGUCUUUAUCAUAUCGUUGAACGAAAACCCUUCAGGAUGGGAAGAUUUCCACCAGUAGUAAGAACAGCAGUGCCAGUGGAUGGGAGAUUUGAGCACUUGGUUCUUUCAUGUAAUGCAACAACUGACCAUGCCAUUAUUUGGAUAGAGAGAGAAUCUCAAAGGGCUCUUGAUCUAAUGCUGGAAGAAUAUCGAAUAAUGGAGAUUCCGGAAAAGCAGAGGAUGGAGCGGCAAGAGUUUCUUGUCCGAGAACAUAGCGAGGAGUACAGAGCAGCCCUUCAGCGGGCUGUGGCUUUGGAUAUUCCGCAUGCUAUCUCAUCCUCGCCUUAUGGGACAUUCCAUGAAAACGAGGAAGGGGAGAAUUCUAGCAGGUCAGCCGGGGAGAUGUCAAUAUUGUCAUUCAGGAAAUUGAGGGAAAGCUGGGAUAGUUUCAUUGAGAGACUGUUUGACGUGGAUGAGUCUGGUCACAUGGUAUUUAAGAGGGCCACCUUGUAAAAUAAUCGGUAAAAACUAAAAUCUAUUCUUUGAUUCAAUUAUAUAGUAUUCACUGUGAUUGUGGUAAAAGAAAGUAUCGCUUCCACCAAUCCAAGAAUUAAUUUAGCUAGUUUUGUAAUCCAAUUAUAAUUGAACAAUUUGUAUAUACACAAAUUCAAUAAUUAGUGAAGCUAGUUUUAUUACUCAA